UGUCUCGGCAGCAGAGGCAGUAGUGGAGUAUAUUGUGGUGUAGUAACCCGCCUGCUCGCAUUUAGUGUCACGGUGCCACCGGGAGAGGGGCGACAGACCACUGCUGCUGUUGCUGCUGCUGUUGCUGCUGCUGCUGCUGCUGCGUACCGGGGUACACACCACCUCACCAUCCUCAACAAGGAUCCUCAACACCAUCCGCUGCGGGCAAUGACAUUGGUGGACUGAAGUGGGAAUACACGAGAACACGCAAACAUGACGGUGGACUUUGAAGAAUGUAUUAAAGAUUCCCCCAGAUUCAGGGCUGGCAUUGAUGAUGUGGAGACAGAUGUGGUGGAGAUCGAGGCGAAGCUCGACAAGCUGGUGAAGCUGUGCAGUGGGAUGAUCGAGGCGGGCAGGGCCUACGUCAGCGCCAACAAGCUCUUUGUGAACGGCAUCAAGGACCUGUCCCAGCAGUGCAAGAAAGAGGAGGCGAUAUCGGAAUGCCUUGAAAAGUGUGGGGAAAGCCUCCAAGAGAUCGUCAACUACCACAUGAUUCUGUUUGACCAGGCCCAGAGGUCCAUCAAGCAGCAGCUUCACACCUUCAUCAAAGAGGAUGUGCGUAAAUUCAAGGACACCAAGAAGCAGUUUGACCGGGUGCGUGAGGACAUGGAGCUGGCCCAGGUGAAGAACGCCCAGGCCCCCAGGAACAAGGUCCACGAGGCAGAGGAGGCCGCACAGGCCCUCGUCCUCAGCCGCAAAGCCUUCAGGCACCUGGCGCUGGACUACGUGCUGCAGAUUAAUGUUCUUCAGGCCAAGAAGAAGUUUGAAAUCCUGGAUGCAAUGUUGUCCUUCAUGAGAGCCCAGUACACUCUGUUCCAACAAGGCUUCAACAUCUUAGAUGAGAUCGACCCUUAUAUGAAAAAACUGGCUGCACAGCUGGAUCAGCUGGUCAUCGACUCGGCCGUGGAGAAGCGAGAGCUGGAGCACAAACAUGCCAUCAUACAGCAGAGAACUCUGAUGCAGGACUUUUCCUAUGAUGACCCCAAGUUGGAAUUUAAUGUGGAUGCUCCCAAUGGUGUGGUCAUGGAGGGCUACCUCUUCAAGAGGGCCAGCAAUGCUUUCAAGACCUGGAACAGGCGAUGGUUUUCCAUACAAAACAGUCAGCUGGUCUAUCAAAAGAAACUCAAGGACUCUCUGACAGUGGUGGUGGAGGACCUGAGGUUGUGCUCAGUCAAACCCUGUGAGGAUAACGAGAGGAGGUUCUGCUUUGAGGUGGUUUCACCCACCAAGAGCUGCAUGCUACAAGCUGAGUCUGAGAAGCUGCGACAGGCCUGGAUUCAGGCCGUCCAGGCGAGCAUCGCCUCUGCUUACAAAGACAUCGCUGACAAUUACUAUAUUGAGCGUUUGGACCGGACAGCCUCGCCCUCCACCAGCAGCAUCGACUCUGCCAGCGAACCCAGAGAAAGGGGUGAUAAAGGAGUUAGGGUAGGGGGGGAGAGCCUCCUCCAGAGGGUGCAGAGCCUGCCAGGCAACGAGCUGUGCUGCGACUGUAGACAGACAGCUCCGUGCUGGGCCUCCAUCAACCUGGGAGUGCUGCUGUGCAUCGAGUGCUCAGGGAUCCACAGGAGUUUAGGUGUCCAUUGCUCCAAAGUGCGUUCACUGACGUUAGACUCAUGGGAGCCAGAGUUACUCAAGCUGAUGUGUGAACUGGGGAACACUGUAAUAAACCAGAUUUAUGAGGGACGCUGUGAGGAAGUGGGGGCUAAGAAACCUGGACCCUCUAGUUCAAGGCAGGAGAAGGAAGCCUGGAUCAAGUCCAAAUACGUGGAGAAACGCUUCCUGAAGAAAAUGAGCGGGAGUGAGGCUUUGGUGGUGGGCGAGAGGAAGUCCCGCCCCUGGACGGUGAAGAAAUGCCAGCGACACAACAGCUCUGUGCGAGCCCCCAACAAGGUCCGCAGGAAAUACCACCGCUACGAGCCAGGCAGCGCCUCUCCUGCAAAUCUCUCAGCAGCGGCGGCAGCAAAGUUUCGCCGAGACUCCCUGUUCUGCCCAGAUGAGCUGGAUUCACUAUUUUCCUACUUCGACACCGGCAAUGGUCCUCGCAGCCCCGCAGGUCUCAGCAGCGACAGUGGCCUCGGAGGAAGCACUGACGGCAGCACUGACAUCCUGGUUUUUGGCUCAGUGGUGGACAGUGUUACAGAAGAAGAGGAGGAGUCGGAGGAGUCGUCCAGUGGCGAGGUGGAGAUCGAGCAGGAAAUGUCAUCGGACCCGGAAGAUCCAAGGGAGCUACACCCCGGGGCGCUCCUCUACCGAUCCUCGCGUCUGCACAACCUGCCGCUCAUGGCUGAGGCGUUUGCACACGGUGCUGACGUACACGCUGCGAGUGAGGAGGAGGAGGGGAAAACGCCGCUCAUACAGGCCGUGAUCGGGGGCUCUCUGAUAGCUUGUGAGUUCCUGCUGCAGAACGGAGCUGAUGUGAACCAGAGGGACAUGAGGGGCAGAGGCCCGCUGCACCACGCCACCUACCUGGGGCACACUGGUCAGGUGUGUCUCUUCCUGAAGAGGGGAGCAUCGCAGACGGAGGUGGACGAGCAGGGUCAUGACCCCCUGAGUAUCGCCGUGCAGGCUGCCAACGCAGACAUCGUCACACUAUUACGUUUAGCACGGAUGAACGAGGAGAUGCGGGAGGCCGAGGCUCCGCUGGGUCAACCAGGUCAAUACCCGGGCAGCAGCCCCACUGAGCAGCAGUAUAGGAAGUGCAUCCAGGAGUUCAUCUGCCUCACGAUAGAGGAGUGCUAGUUACUCCUGUAUCCAAGAGUGUAGCUUGUGUUAUAUACAUGUAUACAUUAUAUAUACAUACUCUAGUAUAUACAUACAAAAUGUUCCCCCUGAUUGGAAACUGAAAAUAACCACGUAGACGAAGGCUUACAGGCGUCUAAGAAGAGAGGAGCGUACCACUCGCUCAUUGUGGGGGUGCGUCGUGUCAUAGGGAGACCCCUGAUGGACCUUUUUAACUCUACUGACAAUACAGCCACCACUUCCAUUUUCUCUGCAUCACCGUGUCUCUGCUUGCCAUUACUCAGCACCGCCAUCACACACACACACACAGUAAAAAUACAUUUUGGUGUUUUAUUAACAGGGUUAUCCUCUAACUUAUACCUGUCGUGUGAGGGUGCGGGGGUUUACUGUGGCCUAACAGCUCUGACCUCUGAACAACUGCAUUAACCCCCUCCAUGCUUUCUAUCUAUCCAAACCAUCUGUGUUGACAUCCAGCGUACCCAUCUCUCCGCAAUCAGAGAUGUAAAUAUACAUAUUUAGAAGUUAAAAUGGCUAAUCUUUAUAUGUGCUGUGGCAUGGGGUGAAAAAAAAAAGUUCCAUUACUUUAAGAAAAAAAAAAGCUGCAUCAGAGGUGAGCAGGGCAGUUUCCUGUGUGUAUUAGGGAGAAGGUCUGGGAGGGAAGUUAUUGUAAAACUGUGACAAAAAUACUGAAAGGCUUGUGAGGGGGGGAGACCCUCGCUUGCUUUCUGAGAUCCUUUGUGACAUGAGGAGUGAAUGAGUGCGUGCAUGAGAGAAUACUGAGAGACCGAGUUAAAUAAUAUGAUAUUAUGAUACAAUAUGUAAAGGAAAAAAAGAACCUGUGCACUUUUCCCAUCUCCAGUAUUAUUUUUUAUUUUCAUUUAGUUAGUGCGACUUUUUUUACAUUGUUCUUGUCCACUCAAGUUAUUGUACAUCUAUCUAUUGUCUAUUUUUUUGUAUUAUUAUUAUUAUUUAUGUUUAUCUCCAGAGGACCAGUGCAAUGCAUUCUUGGUGCAGUAUAUCGUCUGCAUUUCUCUAAAUGAUUGUCAUUUUGAUCUGAUAGCGUUCCUUGGAAUUGAUGACACAAGUUGUCAGACCACAUUACUCGUGAGACUUUUUGCUUUCAGUUUUGCUUUAUAAAGGCCUCAUGCUUCUACAUGUACAAUUAUUUGGCAUUCAAACGAACCAUUGAAAGAGAUUUGACUGGAAUUUUUUAUUACAGUGAAUCAUUUCCUAAGUAUGUGCGUUUUUGAGAGUGGGAACUCGCUGAGUUGUUCAGGUGAUGUGCGGACGAACCAGAGCAGUGGUGCAGUGCAGGGAGAGAGUGUGUAAACAAAAGAUCUCGCCUUUCAACAGCCCCUUUCUUCUCCGUCAUUCACACUCCUGUGUGUAAACCCACGGCUCAGUUUUGUUGUAAAUACGCGAACAUGAGGCAGAACCUGUGGUGAGAUCAUGGAGCACAUCACUUUAGAACAGUUUACACCCUUGGUGGGGGUCAAAGGUUGUUUGUUUCUAGCUUCCCUCACUGGUAAAUGCUGAGAGUAUUCCCUGCAUGCCAAGCCAGAAUCGUCUUUUUUGGCAACUUCGACAUCGUUUCGCAUUAUGAUGAGCAUGAUGAAAUAGUUUUCUACGGUUUGAUCAUGUCGUGCAGUGCAGUCCAGUGGAAUAAGCAUGAACCACCUCGACCCGUUGAGCGUCAGAGGUUCCUCUUUGCACCUCUGUGCCGUUCUUCCAUCCACCAAUCCAACCUGUGGUGACCUCCUCAAUCCUGUCCUUUUUUGAUUUCUUUAUUUCCACAUGUGGUUUUAUUUUCCUCUGCCAAAGAUUUUUUAAAGGGAAAGUGUCUGACAUUGUUGUAUGAUAUCACAGUUUUUUUCUUUUCUGAAACUGUUCCGAGUAGAUGCAGCAUAGUCUCACCUUGCUUUGUGAAGUGACAGAGUGGUAAAAACACUGACCGUGUACUCAUGUAUUCAAAAAAAGAGGUGACAGAAAUGUGACUCGCCCGAGAGACUUUGUGACAACAGGUGAUAUUCUGCAAUAGUUUGAUGUGCUGCAAGUAGAACCAGUCUAGGAGGUGAUGUGAAGCUACUGUGACCAAACUGUUUAGUGGCCCAUACAGGCCCUAUAGCAGGAAGUAUUAAAUGUCGUGUCCAUUGUGUGUAUUGACAUAAGAGUGGUUAAAGGUGCUGUUCAGAACAAACAUGCUGUAAAUAGUACACUUGUGUAUUUUAACUCGAAGCCCACUGCCUGCCUCUCAGCAUUCAAUCAAGGAUCCUGACUGUCUGAUCGGUUUUAUGUUUGUCUUUUUACUCUCUUCCUAAAAACAACUAAAACAUCCUGUCAGGCAGAACUGUGACAGAGAGUCCUGCUCUACUUGUUUCUCUGUUCGCUGACAUUUGGAUAUCUUUGGAAUACUUUCUUUCCUGUCUUUACAAGCACUGAGGGGGAAAAGAAGAAAACAAAAUGCAUACAAUAAAACUGAGAAACUCUUGAUGAACUAA